UGUUUUGAGAGAGAGAGAGAGAGACAGAGAGAGAGAGAGAGACGCUCGGGAGUUUUUGGAUCGUCAUUUCUCCACGGCAGUUUCACAUUAUGACUGAGAAGGCGAUGAGGAAAACCGGAUACUUUUCAUUAGUGUUUCACUGCUGUUCGUGUGCCAUGGGAAUAUUGGUCGGAUCUUUUGAAAUGUACAGACACUCUGCGAAAUGAUGAGCGGUCCAUACGCGACUUAACUUGUGGAGAGUUAGUGCGUUAUUUCUUAAAGUGCUCCCGUUGCGUAAAAGCGCGUUUCCACGUUGAAGCCGUUCUGUUGGAUGUACCAUUUUGCGUUCUUUUUUCAUCAGGUUUUGCUUCUGUAAGUUAUGGCACUAUAUUCGUUUAACUUAUAUUCUCUGUUCGUAAUCACUUUGCCUGGAGUUAUUUCUGGAGCAGGAUCUUACGCAUCGCGAUACACUCAACAUGUGGACCAGAGUCAAGCAGCACUUAGUGGAUCUAAGGUGACCAGUAGACACAGGAACUGGUGUGCCUACGUAGUGACACGAAGUGUGAGCUGUGUAAUGGAAGAUGGGGUGGAGACCUAUGUGAAACCUGAAUACCAGCGCUGUCCUUGGGGGCAGUGUUCCCAUGUGGUUUUGUAUCGGACUUUCAGAAGACCAAGAUAUAAAGUUGCCUAUAAAAUGGUGACAGAGAUGGAAUGGAAGUGUUGUCAUGGUUACUCAGGUGAUGACUGCAAUGAUGUCACACACAUCAGCACAGGAAGACCUACAUCAACAGAUGCCGGGUCCAACCCAGAAAGUGUCCAAAUUGGUGAAGGUAGAGGUGAUAAUGACAAGAUCAGACAACUCGAGGAACAGAUUCAGAGCUUGAAUAAAGACCUUCACAACCUCCAGUCAAACUUACACAACAUGAAUCAAAAAAUACACGAGGAGUCUCGAAGGACAACCAUUAGUGGUGGAAAAAAUCUGGCCGAUGCUGCCCAGACAAUAAACAGCAUCCAGACCAAACUGGACAUGCUUGACAACAUGACACGGGUCCACGACAAGACUCUGACCAGCAUCAACAACCAUCUCGGGGGUGACAAAGGUAGCGGAAACGAGUUCGACAGCCGUUAUGGGACACUAAAAGAGGAGAUUCUAAGGGAACUGGAACGGCGAGUGACGUUGUCCUGCUCUGCCUGUCAAACCGGAGUGGAGAGCAUACAGACACAGCAACAGGAGGACAGAGAGAGGAUCCGAGCUUUGGAGAAGCACAUCAGCGUGAUGGAACAGCAUCACCGGCAAACUGUGGAGAUGCUUGAAAGGGACCUGUCACGCUCUCAAGGUUGCUGUGACUCGCUGAGUGUUCUAGACGGGAGGUUGGGUGCCAUUGAGAGGAAAGUCAGUUCCACGGCAGAGUCGUAUGAUAUUCUUAGAAUACUUCUUGAGAAGGGCAAUGGAGGUCGGGGAAAAGCAUUCGAUGAGAAACUGAACAGCCACCUUAGAGACCUGGAGAGAAGAUUCAAUGGGACCGUUAGAAAAACCGAGCAAAAAUGCUCUCAUACCGAGAUGAGCAUGAAAGAGUUUGUCCAGCGAGAGAUCGGUCAGAUAAAGAACUCUCUCCUUAAUCGAGAUGAUGAUCACGGUUACAGAAUAUCUACAAUGGAGAUAGAUGUCCAAGACUUGAGGGAUGCCAUUAAAGAUCACAAAAAUAAUGUGGAACAGCUAGGCAACAAAACAUUCGAUCUUGACAGCAGGCUUAAGUCAACCAUUGAUUUGUGCACCGAGACAUGCGGUCCUAAAGGGAGUGAGACAGCCGAUACUGUGAAAAGCCUGGAAUGGAAAGUCAUUGCCAAUGAGGAGGACAUUAAGACGUUUGACACCAAGCUGAAGGACUUAAGUGUGUCUGGUGACUCCCUUAUGAACCGUAUUAUAGAUCUAAGCCAUGACGUUCAAAAAAUUAAAGCUUGGACAGGAGACAAUGCAGAGAACUUCAACCAAAUUGUCGUAGAUGUGGAAAAUCUGGGACGUGAUUGUGAUGUAUGCAUUUUGGUAGAUACUGAACUUCACAACAUAAAAAACACAACCAGCAACACUUUUAACACAUUACAGGGAGAAAUUACAGAUUUACGUAAAAAAGUAGACUCUGAUGAGUAUGCUUGCUCGCAGGUUUGCUCAAACCUACAGGAGGAAGUUGGUAAAUUGAAAGAAGAGGUUGAUAAAUGCACGGGGCAAUACGAGAUCAACAUAAUGGACCAUCAAAAGAAAAUCGAUAAUCAAAAUACUUUAACUCGCAAGCUUGGCAAAGAUCUCAAGUCCGUUCAGGGUGAGCUCUCGGGGUUGAUCCAAACAUUCAACUCCAUCAAUGACUCUCUUAAAGAUCUCACCAACACCAUACAGAGGCACGGCAAUAUCAUUUCUGAUCUUGAUACGUCUAAGGACAAAAUCUACUCUGAGUUAGAUCAGAUCCAUGAAGAUUUAGCUAAGCAUAUAGAAGACAGUAAAGGGCGCUUUGAUGGCAUUGGACGUGAUAUCAGUAGCUUCAAUAGCAAUGUGAUGAUUGAGAUGGGUGAAUGCAAGCAUUCUCGAGAUGGGCUUGAAAAGAGGAUCUUGAAGAUGGAGGGUGUGUGCAACAGACUGGAUUUAUUGUCAGUGAACAUUCAGAGGAUCAAAGAUGGGUUGAGCAAACAUGUUUCUGGGCUUUGGAUGUGUGUUAAUGAGCUUAACACUACAGUGAUCUCUCAUGGUGAGGCCAUCAACAGCAUUCAAAAUGUUCAGUUGGAGAACUAUCAUGGCAUGAUGAACCUCAACUCCUCCAUACUGCAUGUUCUCAAGGAGUUCAAGACCUUUACUGAACAAGACUUCACGGGACCACCUGGACUCCCUGGUCCCAAAGGAGAGAAAGGACCCAAUGGACCACCUGGGCCACGAGGAUCAACAGGCAGAGAAGGACCACAAGGAAAAGUAGGGCCAAUCGGACCGCCAGGUCUCAGAGGGGAACAAGGACCUCCUGGACAGGACGCCCACGUCCCGAGACUGUCCUUCUCAGCAGCACUCACACGUCCACAAGCCAAUGCAGGCACUAUUGCCUUCAAUGAAGUCUUUGUUAAUGAAGCAAAGGCCUAUAAUGCAAAGACAGGUAUUUUUACCGCACCAGUGAAUGGACGAUACUUCUUCAGCGCAGUCUUGACUGGUCACAAAAACGUUAAAAUAGAGGCAGUCUUGUCUAAAUCCAAUAAGGGUAUUGCUCGUGGAGAUUCAGCUGGCUAUCAGCCCGAAGGCCUGGAGAAGCCCAUUGCUGAGGCGAGACACACUCCGGGCUCCCUGGUCAUCUUCAACAUCAUCCUACCUCUGCAGGAGGGAGAAACUGUUUGCAUUGACCUGGUCACGGGUAAACUCGCCCACUCUGAGGAGCCGCUUACAAUCUUCAGUGGGAUGUUACUCUACGAGGAGACAGAGGAUAUAUUAUAAGAACUUUCUGAGAAACUGAGGACAGUGAAAACAUCAAAUGUACAAAAUUUGCAUCUGGACAAACACAUGCAACACACAUACAUAAAAGUUUUACAUAUUUUUCAGUGUUGCAUCAAGAAUGUGAUACAACAUGCAGGUUGCAUUUCUAACAGGUCACAAGAAUAGGACAUGGAUUCCUUUUUUAUAUAUUAUCAGAACAAUUGACAGAUUUUUGUUACUUCAUUCUUUUUUUAAAAGGCAGGUCAUAUAUGUUUAUGGCUAUGUCAAAAGCACAAAGCAUUUUAUUUUAUUAAAGGCACCAAAUCACAUCAGACAUAAUUUCUUCCACCCACUGCAAGCUUGGUCACUACCCCUCAAGAUGUGCGUACAGUUCAUACUUCUGAAUCCAGAGUCAGAAGGCAAAUAUAUUUGCACAUAUCUUCCAUUUCUUUUUUAACACUAGAAACAAAGUCUCAAGGGCUUUUUCUCUUCAGAUGAAUGCAAUAAAAACUACAAAUCUUUAUUAUUUCCAAUUUCCUCUCAGCGUGAAACUUUCACAUUUGUGGCAAAUGACAUCAUUCAACCUCCAAAUUUGGAAAAUCAUCUAUAAAAGGAUGAACAAAUAAAGCAGGCUGUGCAGAGAGGGACUAUUUCAUGCCAGAUGCUAUAAAUAAGAAAACCUCUCUAGCUCAUGAUCCUGUAACUUUUCCAAAGCAAACUAUCAAAGUUGUUUACGUUAGAUGGCAAAACAGAUUUAAACCCAUUUUUGUCAAUGUUAUUUUUCUCUUCUGACUGCAGAUGUUCUUUAAAUGAACGAAGUAUAACAGCUCAGAAUCAGUAUCUUUGCGAAACAUCUGUGCGAUCUUGGUGGUCUGUGUCUAAUGUUUUCUUUAAUACAAAGGGAUUUUGAAGGGUUUUGCAUUGAAGAGUUCAGUCCUGUGAGACCAUUCAGUCCAUUUUAACCUCGAAACGAGAGUCAUUUCCUUAAAAGGAUCUAAAAAAUAUUACUUACGGUUUCAUUUUGCAGUAGCUCAGCUGAUUUGUUUAAUUUGGAAUUGGAAGCAGGUUCCAGCUGUUAACUCUUAACCUGAAGCGCAGAUUCACAUCUGAUUGUUUGAUAUCUGCCUUACUCUCACCACAGGCAUUACAUUACAGUAUUAUAAUUCAGAAAAAGUGUUUUUGACCACUGUGCACACCAAAUAGUCCUCAGCCAAUACUUUUUUUUAUUAUCAAUAUGUUUCUCACUGAAUGUUGAGUGUUGAAUAUACAGUAUAUUUGCAAUGUUGGUUUUUAAAUAAAAAAUAUUUAA